GAAAGUUGCCCUUAUUACAUCUAUUAUAGACCGGAAUUAAAGCCGUGAUAAAACUCAACAUGUAAUAUCAAACACUCGCAUUGAGAAUUAAACUUUUAUUCAAAUUACGUUUGACUGAUCUAAAAGAUUAAAAGAUUAUUUUGGUUGAAUUUCAAAUGUGAGACAAGACAUUACACGCGAUGUUAUUAUCCUUAACCGUCUUCUUGCGUAUAUACUUUGCGUAUAUACGUGAUACAUACAUAAAUCGUCUAUAUAGAUUAUAAAGAUCAUAUUCAUAUGCGUAUGCGCAUGUCACCUGCUGCAAUUCUAUUACUAUAAAAGUUGGAUAUGAUUUUAAUUCGUCUACUCGUAAAAAGAGAUUAAAUACGGCAUUAGAUUAAGCAAAAUAAUUUCAAUAUGAAACCUACACUCGUAGCUGAUGAAAUGUUUCCCGAAGGAGCUGGACCUUAUGUCGAAUUAGAGGAGGUUGGAGGUAGUAGAUUAUUAGUGGAUCUCACAGCUAGUGAGAAAGCGGUUCAUUCAGAAUUUUUCAAUGAGUUUGAUGAUCUUUACGACGACGAUGACUUGGAGUAAAGCAGCAUUCCUAGGAAGUUCAGCUACACAACGCUUUUGUACAGUACCGUGAUUAAACUUAAUGUUAAAGCAGAAAGUUCUUGUCCUCGCCAAAUCCAUAAACGUAAACAUGAUUAUAAUAUGUAAAGAAUCAACAGACAUCGUUUCCAGUUGCGUUCAGCAGAAAAUAUGAUAGUUAUAAAUUACAUAAUUCACUUAGCAUUGUAUAGCUGACAAAAUAAUAAAUGUUCUUUCUUUGUCUUAAUUUCUUUUGAAGUUAUAUUCGCUUGUGUUGCCUAGCUCGCUAUUUCUUUUUCGGCAUAAUGCUCUACCAGAGUUGAUACAAUUGUACUAUCGCUUUUACAUAUACCGAGAAUACACAAUUAUUGGCAACAUUGACACAGCACAUCUUCAAUAUACCGAAAGAAAAAUCGGAGCUCUCAAGAUAUAAAAUCAAUCUUCAAGAUUAUCAUCACAUAUCUUCAAGAUUUGUGUAUUCUUUCUUUCUUUCUUUCUUUCUCUCUCUCUGUUGAACGCAGCCGUUAAAUGUAUUCUAUAUUUAUACAUAGUAGAUGUGAAAAAAUUUUAAUUUUUUAAGUUUGCUGUAAAAAAACUACCGCAAACUCUUACAAUUUGGUACAUAUUCUUUUCUUUCUCAAAAGACUAACCACAAACUACAAACUUCAUACUGUAACAUUAUUACAAUUUACUUGUAUUUUUAAUUCGAGUCAAAUGUGCGCCUGCAUCUAUCAUACGUCAUUUUACUGCGUACCACAGACAAGUGUUAUUAUAAACGUGCCAUAAGAAAAUGAGUACUGGUCAAUAUAUUUCGUACACAUAAUAAUAUUAUGAUACUGUAAGAUUAUAAUUUAUAAUACAUAGACGCUAGAGUCAUAUAAACUUGUAUGAUGAUGCACAACUAAAAUAUAGCACCCCAUUUCAGUC